AUGGAGCAACUGGCAGAAACAGCAGAUCUUCUGCUGCAGCACAUCAACAGCAACCCGGACGACCAGCUCAACGAGAUCUUCCUCCGAGCAUUCGUCCAACAGGUAAAACUGUACGCAUCCUCGCAAGGCGAGCGCACGGACACGAUUGCGGAGUUCAAGGGGCUACUUGAGCAGGUCCUGCAAGACACCCCCGUGAUCCGUACAAGAACAGAGCAGACAGCAAAAUCAAGCAUAUCAACGUGGCUAUCUAGCGACUCUGCUAUCCUCUGGAAGACCGCCCAAGCAAACGCAUGCCGUGCAGAGCUGGGCAUGGAUUGCGAGAUGGUCGUCAAGAUCCGUGACGAUUCCGAGCGCUCGGCCGUAAAGAAGCUGCAACCUGCAGAUCUCGUGAAACGUGCUGAACGAGCCAGGGCUCACGCAGCGAAGAGCACUCCAAGCCUGCCUCUAGCCGGUCACGCCUUCAUCGCCGCACGACAGCUCCCGUCCGGCGAUAUCAGCCUCCGGGCCAACCACGCGGCGGGAGCGGAGGUCCUCCGCCAGCACGGCAAGAAUUGGGUUCACGUGUUCGGGAAGUCAGCCUACGUACGUGUCCCAACGUGGGGAAUCGUCAUCGACGGCAUGCCGGUCCAACUCGUUGAUAUAAGCAAGGAGUUCAAGCAGCAAUUGGUUGCGGAGAACCACUACAACUGGGGGCAGGGACAAUUCGACGUGGAAAUCGCGCAUGUCGGAUGGCUGGCGACGCCGCGGAGCUAUCUCGGGUCACUCGUGGUCGAGUUCACAAACCCAGUGGUUGCGAAUAAUGCGAUUCGUGAAGGGACGGUCUGGCAUUCCCAUUCUCUCACCAAUAGGUCCUACUGUAAGGAGGGACGGUGUAAGAUGUGCAAGAAGUGUCAGAAGUACCGGCACGUCCAAGCCCAGUGUCCGAAUCGUAAGUAUAUUUGUGGACUCUGCGCGGAGGAGCAUCCGACCUGGGAAUGCCCUCACAAGCAGAGUAGGGACUACACGCCGAAGUGUGCCAAUUGCAAGGGUCCUCACAAGGCCGCAAGCGACAGCUGCCUCAUCCGCAAGGACGAGAUCGCACGCACACGGCAGGCCAUUCUGAUGAGUGGAUCAGAGCAUCGUGUUCCGCAGUAUCUACAAGCAAAAAUAAUACAACAAAAUAUAGAUCCGACACCAGGAGAAGCAGCCCAGAUUCAGGCCACUAAGAAGGUGGUUAAGAAAACAGCAACAACAGGCACAAAGCAUGCUAAGAAAACUCAACCAGCAGCAGCACCAGCCCCGGCUCCAGCUCUAGCUCUAGCUUCAGGACUAGCUCCAGCACUAGCUCCAGCACUAGCCCUAGCUCAGCUUCAGCUCAAAUCCUGGCUCUAA